GAAGAGGUCAAGGCCGCAUUUGAAAAACACGAACGUAGGAUCACCUGCAUAGGGUUUAAUAACAUUAGGAGUACCGUAAAUAAGAAAAAUUUAAUUUAUUGAUAAGUAAAACUAAACAUUUCAACUUCAUCCCCUGGUAAUAUGCGAUAAAAGGCAAAAUCCGCAAAUUCACAAGUGGGAACGUGACUAGGCUUAAAAUUGUUCAGUAAUCAAAAUGACAAUGUUGAGUGCAGAUGCACAAAUCCGAUAUCUGGUCCAGUGGUUCCAAGAGUGGAGUGAAUUUCAAAGAUCUGAUUUUUUGCCGAUAUUGGCGGAAAAAUAUGCAAAUAAAGCGUAUGUCAACGGGAUUAUUAACAGUAUUUCAAAUGUUGAUUGUAGAGACAAACCUAUGUCUUUGUUUGAAUGUAGAGUGAAAUUAUUCAAAGAAUGGUUUAUACACUGGACCACUGAACAAAAACAAAACUUUCUUGCUCAAAUAUCUGACAUAGAUUCAGUUUUUGCCGAGAAACUAAAUGAAGAAAUACAAAAUGGUGUAGUUGUUCACGAACCACACCAAGAAUUAAACGGAGAGGAUAUUUUGGAAGACUAAUAAAAUUAUUAAAUUUUUAUUUUUACAUACAUCUCGAAUAUAUUAUAUUAUGCACUGAAUAUUAUUUUACUCUAAUAUCUAAAUCAAUUUCUGACUCUUUAAGUUGUUUGUAAUAACUUAUACUUGAUGAUAUGCGAAUAGUAUUUAAUGUGAUAUUUUUCUAGAUGGUAUUUAUACUAAAUAUAGUUUAAAAUGUUUAUAAAUUUAUAAACGUAUGUUAUUUAUAUUGAAUUAUCGUAAGAAAAAUGGCAACUAUCUUUGAAACUUAGUAUAUUUGUUGGUUAGCAUUUUCAUUCUGUUUUCAUCACAAUAAAAGAACUUUAGUAAAUUAA